AAUCACAAAUCCUGCAGAAUUCCCGACUCCCAUUAGAGAAUCCUCGAAAAUCAUAACCCCUUUUCCGUUUCAGGGAAGAAAGUUCAACAACACAAACAAAAAUGCAUUCAAUUUAUAUAUAAACAUGCAUCCAAGCAUGCCCCAUUGCUGACGCUUUAUGCUUGCUCAAAAAGCUCAACUCGACUGUAUAAAGCUCUGAGACCACUGGGUUGAUCUCUCUUUAAAUCAGUUUUUGCCGUACCAAAAAGGGAAUCCCCCUCAUUGGAAGCAAACAUGGACUUAAUGACUCAAGAAGUCUCUAUUGGUGAAUUGACAUCAAGGAAGCAAGGUCUCUUGAAAGAUCAAGUUCGUUUAGUUAAGAGAAAAGAUUGUGAUCGUUAUGAGAUUGCAGGCAUUCAAGAUAAUCUUUCGUUUGAGAAGGGUUUCUUUGUUGUAAUCCGUGCAUGCCAGAUGUUAGCACAAAAAAACGAAGGAAUCAUACUGGUUGGAUUGGCUGGUCCUUCUGGUGCUGGGAAGACAGCAUUUACCGAGAAAAUACUCAACUUUAUGCCCAGUGUUGCUGUCAUUUCAGUGGACAACUACAAUGAUGGUAGCCGGGUAAUUGAUGAUAACUUUGAUGAUCCUCGCUUGACGGACUACGACACACUGCUGAAAAACAUUAAUGAUCUGAAGGAAGGGAAAUCUGUUGAAGUUCCAAUAUAUGAUUUCAAGUCUAGCUCCCGAACAGGUUACAGGACACUUGAAGUCCCAAGCUCUCGUAUUGUGAUAAUUGAAGGCAUCUAUGCUUUGAGCGAGAAAUUGCGUCCGUUACUGGAUCUUCGAGUAUCUGUUACAGGUGGUGUUCACUUUGAUCUUGUAAAGCGGGUUUUAAGGGACAUACAACGUGUUGGGCAGGAACCUGAAGAAAUAAUCUACCAGAUAUCUGAGACGGUUUAUCCAAUGUACAAGGCAUUUAUAGAACCUGACCUCAAGACGGCCCAUAUAAGAAUCGUGAACAAGUUUAAUCCCUUCACCGGAUUCCAAAGUCCAACUUAUAUCCUCAAGUCAUCAAGAAACAUAACUGUAGAUCAAGCCAAGUCUGUGAUGUCUGAUGAACAUACGGAAACUUUGGAGGAGACUUACGAUAUAUAUCUACUACCACCUGGUGAAGAUCCAGAAACGUGCCAAUCGUAUUUGAGGAUGCGAAAUAGAGAAGGAAGAUACAGUCUCAUGUUUGAGGAAUGGGUUACGGAUCCUCCAUUUGUAAUCUCUCCAAGGAUAACUUUUGAAGUUAGUGUGCGCCUUCUUGGUGGUCUGAUGGCCUUGGGGUACACGAUAGCAUCUAUCUUGAAAAGAAGUAGCAAUGUCUUUUGUGAUGACAGAGUAUGUGUGAAAAUAGACUGGCUGGAACAAAUUGGCCGACAUUAUGUUCAGGUGCAAGGAAGAGACCGCAUAACUGUAAGAUGUGUUGCUGAGCAGCUGGGAUUGGAAGGUUCAUACACUCCACGUACAUACGUGGAACUAAUGCAACUCGAAAAGCUUGUAAACGAGGUCACGGUACUUCCUGAAGAACUAAAAACAAAGCUGAGCAUAGAUGAUGAAAUGCUAUCUAGUCCGAAAGAAGCACUUUCCCUUGCUGCAACAAGAAAUAACUUCUUUAAGAGUCGGAUAUCACAUUCUUAUUCAACUGCGAGGGAUAAAAAUCUGACCUCCAUUCCUGUGUAUACCAUCAACACUCAAAGGUUUGAUGACAAGAACACGGAGCCAACAGAUGCAAUGGCAAUCCAGGGAGCAAUGAGCCAUCUCUCGGAACAGAUUUUUACCUUAAAUGAUCGUAUGGAUGAGUUCACAUCUCGGAUUGAUGCUCAAAGUUCGCAGUUUUCAAGAACUUUUUUGGGUAACCAACAAAACAUCGAGCCGUGCAAUGGAGUUGCAUCAACUUCAUACUUCACCUCAAAUUUAGCCAAUGGUUCCUUAAACGGAUCUCUUGUGCACCAUUCAGGUUCUUCCACUCAGCUAGCAAAGGAUUCUCCCCUCAUCGAAGAGAUAUCUGGAAUAGUCCAAAGCCAACGUAAAAUCAUGCAUCAGCUGGACAGCAUCAGCAAGCAUCUCUACGAUGAAAUAGGAGACAGAGCACGUCAAGUACGGAAGAUCAAAAAAACCGAUUGACCCGAAGCUGCUGAUGCGGUUGUGGUUUCUAUAGUAUUAGCAUUGGCCAUUGGUGGUCUUGGAUUCUUCAUGUUUAAGGGGGUUGCACCCAGAAAUUGAACCCUUUUUUCUAUCUAUCGAACCAAAUCUUAGCAGUUGAUUUUCGUAUACCCUUCUAACCAGGAAGACACUGUUCAUGGGUCAGAGUUGAUCUAUGGAUUCAAAAACCAUGGAAGCGAAUUAAAGCUUUUUCGGGUUAAGUAUGAGUUAUAUCAA